UUGAAUUUGGUAAUAAACCAUGUCAUCGUGGGUUGGGGGGCGGGUAGGUGCAUUCUAGAAUUUGACAGCAGAAUCUGGAGCAAAAUAAAAGGUACCAAAGCCUAUUCUCUAACGGUAUUUUGAAAAUAUGGAUGUUCCCGCCCUCACUUCCGCAUCAACCAUUACCCAACUCCCUCAACGUUUUAACUCUAAACCAACGCCAACGCUGACACCGGCACCUCCAAAUCUACCUCCACCGUCACACCUAAUUCAACAUCCACGCACUAAUCUCAAGCACCAAUGUAAUAGAUCCAUAGACCUCACUAUUGCAUGGACUUCCUCCAUUUCCCGCCACUGCUGCAAUGGCCAACUACCUGAAGCCGCCUCACUCUUCACCCAAAUGCGUCUCGCUGCCGUUGAACCCAAUCACAUCACUUUUGCAACUCUUAUCUCCUUCUGUGCUGAUUUUCCCUUUCAAGGCAAAUCUAUUGGCCCUUCCAUUCACGCAUAUGUACGAAAACUAGGCCUGGAUACGUGUAAUGUUAUGGUGGGCACUGCGCUUGUUGACAUGUAUGCGAAGUGUGGUAAGGUCCAACUAGCAAGAUUGAUCUUUGAUGAUCUAAAGGUCAAGAAUUCAGUGUCUUGGAACACAAUGAUCGAUGGCUACAUGAGGAAUGGAGAGACAGGGAGCGCAAUGGAGUUGUUCGACGAAAUGCCUGAAAAAGAUGCGAUUUCUUGGACUGUGUUCAUUGAUGGGUUUAUUAAGAAGGGUCAUUUCGAGCAAGCACUGGAAUGGUUUAGAGAAAUGCAGGUUUCCAAAGUGGAGCCUGAUUAUGUAACUAUUAUUGCAGUUCUUUCUGCUUGCGCAAAUUUGGGUGCUCUCGGUUUAGGCUUGUGGAUACAUCGAUAUGUCUUAGAGAAAGAGUUUAGGAACAAUGUUAGGAUAGGUAAUUCGUUAAUCGAUAUGUAUUCCCGAUGUGGAUGCAUCGAGUUAGCUCGUCAGGUAUUUCACAAAAUGCUGAAGAGAACUUUGGUUUCGUGGAACUCCAUUAUUGUGGGUUUUGCUGCUAAUGGUUUUGCAGAAGAAGCUUUGGAGUACUUUGGGUUGAUGCAGAAAGAAGGGUUCAAACCAGAUGGAGUCAGCUUCACUGGAGCACUGACCGCUUGUAGCCAUGCUGGUAUGGUAGACGAAGGGCUCAAAUGCUUUGACAUUAUGAAGAGAGUGCACAAAAUAUCCCCUAGAAUUGAGCAUUAUGGAUGCAUAGUAGAUAUGUACAGCCGUGCUGGGAGGUUAGAAGAUGCAUUCAGCGUAAUAAAAAACAUGGCAGUGAAGCCAAAUGAAGUUGUCUUGGGAUCAUUGAUGGCUGCUUGUAGGACUAGCGGAGAUGUUGGUUUAGCUGAAAGGUUAAUGAACUAUCUUGCUGAUUUAGAUCCUGGUAUUGACUCCAAUUAUGUGUUACUAGCAAAUACAUAUGCAGCAGUUGGAAGAUGGGAUGGGGCAAGCAAGGUUAGGAGGACGAUGAAGGCCCUUGGUAUACAAAAGAAGCCAGGGAUUAGCUCAAUUGAAAUUGGAUGUGGCAUUCAUGAGUUUGUGGCUGGUGAUAAAUCUCACAAUGAAACCGAGCAUAUUUAUGAAAUGUUGGAGCUUCUGUCGUAUCAUCUAAAGUUAUGUGGUUAUGUUCCUGAAUCCAUAGCAAGUAAUGUGUCUGAAAAUGAUUGAAACACUGUCAAGUUGCAAGAGAGGAAAUAAUGUGAUUUGAAGUUGCUAAGCUAGUGAGAGAAAUCUAUCCAUAUCUCUGUUCUUGUAAGUAUAGCAUUAUUAGUUUUUCAUAGUAUCAUAAGACAUGUAAAUUUAUUAGCAUUUUACCUUUAACACUGUUAACCCCAAAGAGCUCGCAAGAUCACUUUGCAAUUGUUAUGCUCCAUCAGAACUAUCUUAGACCGCUGUCUUUUAGGGAAAAUAUAAUGAAAUUAUUAAAAUUACUGUGUAAAAUAUUCAAUCAAUCCACAGUAUGAACAAUUGUAAGCAUGAAAUUGAGGACUUAUAUGCCUGCAAUAUUUGUUCCCUUCUGAUCUUAAAA